AUGAGCACUUUGCCGCACCAUGGCGCCGCGGGAUCUUCCACGUUGCCCCCUCUCUUUUAUUCGGACGGGCAGCAUACGUACGUCUGCGUCCAGGGGCCCAACGGUCCGGAAUAUAUUCAGAGGCGGGAGGACCCUGCAGCAGCGAUGUACACCCCCACUGGGUUCUGCGGAGGUCAUGAGAUGCCGCCGAUCCACCUUGAAGGGGCUGUGGGCGGGCUGUUGAGUCCGCAGACUACGGCAUGCUCCACCAGUUGCGGAGGCGACUUUGCGCCGGCUUCCGAUAGCAUCGAACCGUCAGGAAACGCAGUUGCCCUUUCCAACCCAGGCAAGAGAAGGCUCGAGGGUGGCGCUGGAUGCAAUGGUUCAAGGCCGUGCCAUUCUGAGGAGCACGGCACCUGCGAGAGGGCGCUCAAGCAUAGCCGAUCAUUCGGGCUGACUCAUGUCAUGUCUUUUUCUUCGGUAAGCCUGCGGUGUGCCUCUGCAGAGUCUGUUGAGUGUUGUGACAACGGAGGCGCUGCACUUGGUACAGGGCCAAGUUGCCAUUAA